CAUCUAAAUUUCGUGUGAUUUGUAAGACUUAAGUAAUCUUGUUUUCCAAAAAUCUUCUCACACAGAGAUCUGCCAUGGUUACGCUCUUCACCACCUCUCGUGCUUCCCUCCUCUUCGCUUCCUCCCUCAACCCAAGCAAGACCUUCUCUCCUUCUAUCUCCCUUAAACCUAAUUCUCUCUCUUUCUCUUUUGGUCUUCGUCCUAGACCACUCCGGUUUUCUAAAAUCCGAUCUUCUCUGCCUUCGGAUUCCGAAUCCGAUUCCGACCUAGAUGCGUCUAAUGUUACAGAUGAAUGGGGUGAGAAACAAGGAAAUGCAAGUGAGCCCCAAUCUCAGCCGGAUAUUUCUCUGGUGAAUGUGACUACGGACGAAUGGGGAGAGAAAUCUGGACCCGAACCUGAGGAAUCCGGGUCCCGGUUUGCGGAAUCGGAUCCUCCAAGGAACGAGGAUGAGUGGGAGGAAGAAAUCGGAAAAGAAGUUGAAAUCGACGCCGGAAAUGGAAGUGCGGUUUCGGACAAGACUUGGGAGCUGAAAAGGUGUUUGGCGGAUACGGUGUACGGUACUGAAUUAGGGUUCCGGGCUGGCUCAGAUGUUCGGGCGGAGGUUUUAGAGCUCGUGAAUCAAUUGGAAGCUCUGAAUCCUACUCCGGCUCCGAUAGAGAAUCCGGAGCUUCUCGACGGCAACUGGGUUUUGCUGUACACUGCUUUCUCUGAGUUGGUUCCUCUACUAGCUGCGGGUUCGACACCUUUAUUGAAAGUGAAAAGCAUCAGUCAGUCAAUAGACACAAAGAAUCUCACUAUAGACAACUCCACUACACUCUCCAGCCCAUUUGCAGACUUCUCAUUCAGUGCUUCUGCUUCAUUCGAAGUUCGAAGCCCUUCGAGAAUUGAGGUUUCUUUCAAAGAAGGUACGCUAAAACCUCCGGAGAUCAAAUCAAGUGUUGAUCUCCCUGAGAGUGUGGGUGUCUUUGGGCAGCAGAUUAGCCUUGCGUUACUGAAGCAAUCUUUGAACCCUUUACAAGAUGUGGCAGCAAACAUUUCACGGGGACUCUCAGGUCAGCCACCUCUCAAGCUUCCAUUUCCAGGAAACCGAGGCAGCUCGUGGCUCUUGACCACUUAUCUCGACAAGGAUCUCAGGAUUUCAAGGGGAGACGGUGGACUUUUCGUGCUUGCCAGAGAAGGAAGCUCUCUGCUUGAGCUGUAAAACAUUUGACAAGGUAUAUAUAGCAGGCUUUGUGUAAAAAACAUAAUCCCGACACUAGAGACAUCAUCAUAAUUUUGUGAAUGCAAACUAUUGGCCUAGAUCUUAAAUUUUAGUAUGUACUCA